AUGGCAUCCAAACCCAUCUUCUUCCUUUCUUCUCAAUCCCACUUCUCUGGUGCACAAACUUGGAUUAAAGCUGGUUACUGGUACGCUAAUGGCGAAUUUCCCAUACAAUACAUAAAUUCAGCUUUGUUCACUCAUCUUUCAUUUGCCUUUGCUGAAGUGAACGCCUCAAAUUAUCAGCUCUCUAUCCCCUCUUCCUCCGAGCAAUAUUUAUCAACUUUUGCAACCAUAGUCAAACGAAGAAACCCAUCGGUUAAAACACUGUUAUCCGUCUGGAAUGGGAUAUCCGCAACAGGGAAAUCUAUAUCCGGUGAAAAGGUUAAUGACUCAAUUUUAUCUUCAAUGGUCUCAUCAUCUUCUACAAGGAAGUCUUUCAUUGAUUCCUCCAUGAAAGCAGAUUAUGCUUUUCAUGGAAUAGACUUGUUGGGUUUGGCCUAA